AUCAUUACAAAAUGGCUACAGCCGCCAUGUUUGUGUUUUACAUUGACAGUUAUGAUUAAAGAAUUUUUAGGUUGAUAUGUUGAUAAAAUAUCACCACGCAAUAUCAUAAAUGAUUGGUGAUUUAUUUUAUCUGAUGUACAGUGUUAAAAUUGUUAGACUGGCGGAUUAAAGCAGGAAGGAUUUUUAUACAAUCAAGAGUCAGAAUGUCAGACAGAGCAGAGUUGAGGAACCCACUGUAUAGAAACUGGGUCCGGGCAACCCUUGGUUUAAAAUAUUUGCAACAAGGUUUAGCAGGAUUUGUCAGCAAUCUUUCAGAUCAACGUCAUCAGUCUCACCUGUAUAGCUAUCGUAAGGUCACGGGGUCACCUGCGCAUUCUUGUACUGAAUGCACUGCCGACAAUCUACUACCAGAACAUCCAAGAAAAACCUGCAUCCAAAGGUAUCGAUGUAAAUGUUUCUGUAAUAGCCCAGCAGGGAGACGAUCAUGUCCAAAUAAUUUCUGCAGUCGAUUUUAUGAUUUGAUUGUUCUUGAUCAUGAUGAACGGAAUCCAGUUUGGACCAAUACUGACCCCAGUUGUUGGUAUAGCGAGCAUUGGUCAUUUGCACGAUGUUUUCUCGCCACAGCAGGGUAUUCUGACAAACGCUCAGCAGAAGAUACAGAUGCUGCCGGCUUAUUGUCCAUUCUCAUCAAUAAUAUAGAGUUCAGAUCUUCUCUUGACAAUGUCUCUGAUUUUGUAGAGGUACGAAAUACUCGCAAUGAUGUACUUCAUUCAGCUACGUUUGAGAUUGAGGAGGACAGGUUAUCUGCAAUCAUAGACAAGUUCAUCGCGGUUCUCAAAGACAAGAAAUCCUUGAUUCAUGAACCUGAUGCCCAACAUGCUGUUUCUAAGCUUGAAAAGCUUAAAAAGGACGACAUUUUCAUCAGUACUGUGGAUGCGGAAGAACUUCGGAGAAAUGCCAUGCAAGCCAUUUCUGAAAAGAAAGAUGAAUCCCUAGCAGAAAUCGAUCAAAAAACAUUUGAGAGCCUUGAGCGCAUGAGAGAAAUACAGAAAGCAGAAACUGUGAAAGAUACCAACACACAAACUGAAGACACCCUCACCCAUACUAAUACAGAUACAAGCACAAAAAAUGUUAAAAAUGCCGAACCAUACUGUGUGUCUGCUGUAACAGAUAGCAAAACGUUGUCGGAUUUAGAAAAACAAGAGCUGCAGAGUUACCUUAUCGACAUGUAUCGAAAAAAUUAUCUGAAGACUGAUCUAUCUCCACUUGUGCCAGAAGAAGAAGUCGAUGUGGACAAAUUGUAUGUGCCUCUGAAAAUAACAAGAAGAAUCGGCAAUACACUAGAAAUUGAACAUGUAUGUUCGAUCAAUGACAUAUUUUAUUGCAAAACUAAACAGGCAAAAUGUAUUUACAUGUCUGGGGAUGCAGGUAUAGGUAAGACGACACUUUGUAGGAAACUCAUUUCGGAAUGGUGUUUUAUUCAUGCAUGUUCGCCGAACGGUUCUCCUCAUAUAGAGGUAGGGGAAGAUAUUGUCGAAGAAAACAUAUGUAAGCUUAAUUACACUGAUGCAAGUCAAGACACAUUGAAUGAAAACAGCUGUUCUGUUAUUCCUAAAGAGGUAUUAGGACAGAAAACAUAUGAUAGUGAUGAUGAAAUUUAUUACCUUUUUGAUUCUGAUGCCGAUCAAAGUGAUAUUGAAUAUAGCUCAGAGUCCAGUGAUGGUGUUGGUAAUUCAAACAUUUCGUCAAACCAAACCCUACGAGAAAAUGACGAAGGUAAACUUAAAAAAAUGGCUUUAAGACAAUUUGAACUUUUACUAUUUAUUUCACUUAGAGAUACCUACAAGGAACGUACAAUAGAAGAGAUGGUUAACACUCAAUUACUAAGAAAACGGAAAUUACAAGAAUAUUUCAAUGUGUUUAUAGAUAAUGAUCCAGAGAAAUGCCUCUUUAUUCUUGACGGAUUAGACGAAUGGAUUCCUCCGUCCCCACUACCGACUUACCCGACCGUGACACGAGGGUUACCAGUCAGCUUUGGAGAGGGGCGAUUUACCAUACUCUUUACAAGUCGCCCCUGGAAACUCGAACUUCUGAGGCCUAAAUUAGGGGAAUAUGAUUUAGAUGUAACUAUUCAUGGAAUUGAAGGAAGCGAUAUAAAACAUCUUGUUAAGUUAAUAUUUGAUCAAAUAAUAUCGAAUAAAGAUGACGUUGAAAUGAAAACUGUUAUGUUUCAAUAUGAAUUAAAGAAAAGACAUAUUGAAUGCCUUUGUAAAGUUCCAUUACUUACAAAAUUGCUCGUUUGUCUAUGGGAAAAGGAUAAUGAACUAGCAGACACUGUUACGGGAAUUUACAGUUCUGUCAUAAGCAAGCUAUGUAGUGUUGCUCAUCGUCAAAAUGAUGGCAGUGAUAUUAUUCAAAGCUUAAUGUCGCAGUUAGACAAAAUAAAGGUUUCGUUGCCACCAUGUCUGAAUCAAUACUGCGUUUGUCGCAAAUUUUCAACUUUGAUCAAUGCUCUUGGAAAACUGUCAUUUGAAACGUUGUAUAAGGCAGGAAGUAAAACCACCUUUGUGUUCAUUGACACGGAUUUGAUAAAUCAUGGCAUUUCUGAAGCUGAAUAUGAAUUAAGUUUACGCAUUGGGUUGCUGUCCAAAAAGAGAAUUAUUGGAAUAAAGAAAAUGUCUCCCGUCAGAUGUGUCAGUUUUAUACACAAAACCUUCCAGGAAUAUUUUGCAGCAGCAUAUAUCUCAAUGAACUUUGAACAAGAUGUAACAAUACAAGAAAAAUUACGUCACUCUUUCAGAUCUACGAACAACAUUUUAGAUGUAUUAAACGUGUUAGAUUUUAUAAAGAGCAUGAAUCCAUCGAUCAUAUGUAGACUUACCAAGAAUACUGAAAUGAAUGAAGAAAAGUUCAGUUUAUCUAUAAAAACGAAUAUACUUACCCUAAAAGCGGAACUUAACAAUAAUACAAAAAUGAUUGCUGAAUUACUGAUGUCAAACCAAAUACAUUCUAUUUUGGUUCACUCAUCAAAAUUAGGUAUACAUUCACUACGGUUUCCGAUGAUGGAAAAUCUUGAUGUUAUAGAAUUUGACUCUGUUGAAAUGACACACUCUUCAUUUCGGGAGAUGUUAGAAAGUAUUCCAGAGUCACCGAGAGGUGUUUCUGUCAAAUUUCGAAAUAUAGCUUUUAAAAAAGCAUUUAGCCGAAAAAAAGAAUGUUCGGUUUUGAUUACAUGCAAAACUCUUAGGUCUGUUGCAAUCUGUUUUAUGAAUAUUUGUGGCUUAAAAAUACUGUUUUCGGAGUCAGCGAUUAUGCUAGAAUGGGUUAAAUUUCAUAUGGUAACAGUAUAUGAGACAGAGGUUUUGGAGAUGUUGAAUAGUAUUCAGAAAACAAAUCGCGAAGUUACUAUGACAUUUGAUGAAAUGAGUCUAGGAAAUACAGUUAGGGAAGACAAGAAUAUCUUUAUUAAAAUACUUGAAAAAUGUUCAAAUGUCAUAGAAUUUCCAUUGAAUUUAAAUGCUAAACAUCUUAAAAGUGUUUCAUUCCUUUGCUCUGACAAUAUAUUCAUUUGUAAGAACAUAAGAGUUGACGAAAUGGAAGGAAAACAAGAUCAUAUUUUGAGGCAUUUGAAGAAUAAAAUUGAAAUGCAUGAUUGUGCAACAAUUGUUUCUCAGAACGCGUGGAAGUUUAACGAUCCAGGAUUUGCUAUAGUCGGUUUAAGCUAUGACGCACAGUGCAUACAUUCGUUGCAACUAGGAAACAUCACAGUGAAGGAUAGUGUCCUAUGCGAGCUUUUGUCCGAAUCGACAUUCCGUGAUCUGUCUUCAUUGCAACUUGAUAGUAUUGUUAUAAAUGAGACAACGUGCCAGAAAAAGAAGUUAUCUUUAGAUUGUCCUUAUUUGAAAUUGAGAAAAGUGGAUUUGUGUGACAUUCCAUUAUUUUUAUAUUGUAUAGGAAUAUCUUCGGUAUAUCUGGUCAAUAUAACAACAGCUAAAGAAGAUUUUUUCAAUUUUCUCAAUGGUCUUGGAACAUAUUCAUUAAAAUACUUAGAGAUUGAUAACAUAUCUCUGAUUAACAGAUUAGCCAUAUGCAGGCGAACAUCUAACAAAGGCAGGCUAAUGGAGUAUGAUGUUGAACGAGACCUCACCUUGCGGUCAAUGUCAUAUCAUUUAAAUGUAGUCAACAUCUGUCUUAAGCAUAUCAUUAUGGCGGAAAAUGAUUUAAGUGCUAUGUUGGAGUACUUCAAGUACUCAUACAUUUAUAAAUUAGUGCUGGACAAUGUAGUUGCAAAAGAAACAUCUGAAUUAUGCGGGCAAUUAGGCGGUACAAACGUUCAAAAUUUACUACUUACAGAUACGACUCUUAAAUCAAUUUGCAUAUUAACUGUACAGGAAUUAUGUCUGAGUGACAUCUCAUUGACUGAUGAGGCAUUUCAAUAUUUGUUAAGCGGAAUGGAAACAACGACAUUAAAAUUGGAUAAAAUCAUUAUUAGAAACACUUCUCCCUCAGAAACAAUUAUAGAAUGUAAAGGUUUAACGAAUCUCGUUAUAGAGCGAACAGAUUUAGUAAGUAUACUGAUCUAUUCAUUCGGAACUCUAGAAACCUUGCGCCUUGCAGAUGUUUCAGUGACAGAAAAUGCAUUUUGUGCAUUAUUAGAAAACGGUGGUAAGAUUGGGUCAAUGAUGCUUGAUAAAGUCACCAUUACAAAUACCUCUGUCUCAGAAAGACUAGCGAAUAAUCGUGGCAUAGGAGAUCUCAGAAUUGCCCGAACAGAUCUAUUCAAUAUAUUGAUGGCAAGUCGAUAUGAAUUCAAGACAGUGUGUAUUAGUGAUAUCACUAUGACAGAAAAUGCAUUUUGUGCCUUAUUAGAAAACGAUGGUUACAUUAAUUCAAUGAUGUUUGAUAAAGUCACCAUUACAAAUACGUCUGUCACAGAAAGACUAGUGAAUUAUCGUGGCAUAGGAGAUCUCAGAAUUGUCCGAACAGAUCUAUUCAAUAUAUUGAUGACAAGCCGAUAUGAAUUCAAGACAGUGUAUAUUAGUGAUAUCACUAUGACAGAAAAUGCAUUUUGUACCUUAUUAGAAAACGAUGGUUACAUUAAUUCAAUGAUGCUUGAUAAAGUCACCAUUACAAAUACGUCUGUCACAGAAAGACUAGUGAAUUAUCGUGGCAUAGGAGAUCUCAGAAUUGUCCGAACAGAUCUAUUCAAUAUAUUGAUGGCAAGCCGAUAUGAAUUCAAGACAGUGUGUAUUAGUGAUAUCACUAUGACAGAAAAUGCAUUUUGUGUUUUCCUCGGGAGUCUAACAGAAAGGGGAUUUAAAAAGUUUAACUCGGUUUUGCUAGAUAAUAUUACUUUGACCAGUAUAUCUACUUCACGCAGGAACAUCAGUUUAGAAUCUGUAUGUAUUCUCAAAAUAAAACGAAUGUUUCUGUCUAAUAUAGUGAUAGAAUUUUCUCUUGAAAAUUGCAGACACUUUACUGACAUUCUUCUGGAGGAUAUCACUAUGCCUGAAGCUUCCUUAAGGGAUAUGUUUGACAGUCUGUCGACGGGUUUGCUUAUUGUUAAGUCGGUAUUCCCCGGAGAGUCUUUAAGCGCACCAAGUGAACAUAUAGGGUAUAAAACUAUCAAACAAAUGGUGGUUAUGAGAAAAUCCAAACAAUAAGUUACUAACAGGUCAGAAUAUCUAAAACUUUGAUCCUUCGUAUAAAAAUCUUUAUAUUAAAUGGAAUAUCAGAAAGAUGUUUUACUUCGGAAAAGGUUCUCACGGAAGAUAUAGGCUGUGUACAGAUUAAUUCUGAAUGCUGACUGGACUUUACAAGUCAUCUUUAUAGGUUUGAACACGUUAUGAACCGAUUACAUAACAACAUAACAACCUACAUCAGCUAUUAUCCAUUUUAUCAUUUUCUUUAAAACAUUUGAUUUGAUUGAAUAUGUUACAUGUAUGAUGUAGUCAUUUAUUACACGACUUUUUAUUAUUUAAACUACUCGGAGGAAAUAUAUCUCGUAGUUGCUAACACUUAGUGCUUUUCAGAUAAAGAUCAUAAUGUAUUUCACUGAUGAAUGUUUACUAAUGGCUACACCGCUUGCGAUAAUAUUGAGACUAGCUUUCACUUAGUGAAAGAUUUUCCAAUUAAACAAAUAUCAUCGUAGCUCAUUUUGCAUGUGUGUGUGUGUUUUCAUGUGGCAUUUAUGGGAAAUUUUGCGUACAUGCAUGUGUGUGCAAGUUUGUUGUCUGAACGAUAACACAAUUUUGUGACCAUGCGUUCUUUAUCUAACUGUAUGUUAUUUCGAUGAUAUUUAUUUGGUUUUAGUUAAACUUAAAUAUAUCUCAACGAGAAGCGAGACAAUUCGUAUCUGAAAAUGUGAAAUUGUCUAAUUUCCAGAUGAGAUAUUGUGAACUAUGUCUUCCCUGACAAUGGGAGAUACAUGUUUGUCUUAUUUGUUACCUUAAGUCAAAAAAACGUUUGCAGCUCCGCAAAUUCAAAGUCACUGAUCGAAUUUCUAUAAAUCAUUAUGAAGCGUAGUAGUUCAUUUUGGAGUGAUGACCCUUUAAAUAUUCUCUUUUUUAUUAUUAUUUAUUUUUUUCCUUCAUAUACAUCAUACAGACAAUAAUAAUAACGUUAACAUAAUGCAUAUACAAUAUUACCAACAUGAUUAAUAUAUCACGUAUAUGUCUGUUGCUAAUAUUUCAUUUUCAUAAGUUAAUGUUCAUAUACUAUCAUUUGUAUAAUGUACAUCAAGCAAUCUCUUUUGAAAUCUCACAUCAAUCUCAUAUUAACGGUGGCACAAUUUUGUGACCAUGCGUUCUUUAUCUAACUGUAUGUUAUUUAAAUGAAAUUUGUUUGGUUUUAGUGAAACUUAAAUAUAUCUCAACGAGAAGCGAGACAAUUCGUAUCUGAAAAUGUGAAAUUGUCUAAUUUCCAGGUGAGAUAUUGUGAACUAUGUCUUCCCUGACAAUGGGAGAUGCAUGUCUUAUUUGUUACCUUAAGUCAAAAAACUUUUGCAGCUCCACAAAUUCAAAGUCGCUGAUCGGAUUUCUAUAAAUCAUUAUGAAGCAUAGUAGUGCAUUUUGGAGUGAUGACCCUUGAAAUAUUCUCUUUUUUAUUAUCAUUUAUUUUUUCCCUUCAUGUACAUCAUACAGACAAUAAUAAUAGCGUUUACAUAAUGCAUAUACAAUAUUACCAACAUGUUUAACAUAUCACGUAUGUGUCUAUUGCUAAUAUUUCAUUUUUAUAAGUUAAUGUUCAUAUAGUAUCAUUUGUUUAAUUUACAUCAAGAAAUCUCUUUUGGAAUCUCACAUCAAUCUCACAUUAACCUCUCAAAUACACAUACUCAUACAGGCCCGCCCGCUUAGCUCAGUAGGUAAGAGCCUUGGUCUACGGAUCGCGAGGUCGUGAGUUCGAUCCUCGGGCGGGGCGUAUGUUCUCCGUGACUAUUUGAUAAACGACACUGUGUCUCAGAUCAUUAGUCCUCCACCUCUGAUUCACGUGGGGAAGUUGGCAGUUACUUGCGGAGAACAGGUUUGUACUGGUACAGAAUCCAGGAACACUGGUUAGGUUAACUGUCCGCCGUUACAUGACUGAAAUACUGUUGAAAAACGGCGUUAAACCCAAAACAAACAAACAAACACUACUCAUACAAACAACCUCCCACACAAUCAUACAUGCAUUCACACAUAUCCACGUAUACAUAUGUGAUAUCAGCAGAUGUAGUGUUUUAUAUCUACUUUUUGUAUCCAUCUGCCAUAGCCUAAUCUACAAGUUUUAGGAGGAGUUGUAUAUUAUGUAGUUAUUUGUAGAGGGAAUCCAUUCCAUUCAUUUAAUUUGUCAUGUUGUAACUCUGUUAGUUUUUCCUUUUCCAAUUUUAUCUUCAAGUAAUUUAAGAAAUAUUCUAAAUUUGGGACAGUUUUUUUAAUUUUAUAUUUGUAAAUAAAAUAUUUUGCUGUUAAAUGAUACCAUUUAUAGCUUCGCUUUGUAGAACUGGUUCUGUUAUUAAAAAACCACUAUGUCGUAUGUCAGUUCUAAAUCUACGUUAUUUUGUUUAAGAAAUGUUUUCAAAUCUCUCCAAAAUGUUUGUAUGUGUGGACAUUCCCAAAAAAGGUGUUCAAUGGAUUCAACAUGCAUCUGACAGAAAUCAAAAAGGUUUGAUUCUAUAAGGCCUUGUUUUAGUAGAAGUUUAUUUGUCGCUAUAAUUCUGUAUAUUCUGAAAUGUAUGUAUAAUUGUUUUAGCCGACAAAUAUCCAAAUUUGUGUGAUAGAUAAUGACUUUGUAUGCAAUGUUUUAUAAAUAAAUAUUUUUGUAUUUUUUCGUGUACAUUACUACUUUAUCUAAAUGUUCAAAUGAAAACACUGAUAAUUAUUAUCGCCAGUUAUAUAUGAACGUAUUGCUUUCUUAUACGAUACGCAAUUGUAUUUUUGGGUUGAGAAUAUGCUAUGAAAUCAUUUAUAUGUAGUAAAGAUGUAUUUACACCUUUCAGAUUCGAAUAAAACGCUUAUCCGUUGUUAACUUGGCGAUAAAGCACUUGAAAGCCUUGAUUAUUUGACAAUUCAAAGGUGAAUAAAAUAGAAUAAUUCAUUUACAUAUGUGUUAUUAUGUACGAUGCUAUCAAGGGAUAGUAGACAUAAUAAUUAUAUUUUUAACAUUUUAAUUUCGAUGCGUUAAUAAAUACAGUCUAUGAACUUUCUAUGAAAUUAAAUUACUUAUUUAAUAUUAUAUUUGACACAGUUAGUUUUCAACAGCAUUUAACAGUGUUGUAAUUAUUUUUUUGAUCUCCAUAAAUACAUUGUAACUAACAACUUCUUAUUUUACGAGAUGAUAAUAAAUGAAUGACAAUGGC